CCGCCAAAUCAGGUCUUCGCCCUGUAAAGGAUGGAUCUAAAAGAUUUUUCUUUUAGUGAACUAAGAAUUUGGCAUCCUUGUCGUGACAUAGGUCACUCAAAGUUUGUUGAUAUUUAAGACAAGCUUUUAUCUCAAUCAUAAUAAAAUCAUCUUUGACCCUCUAAAUAAUACUUUUAUAUAUAUGGCUGUUACAUAACAAAAGUCCCACGACAUCCUCAUGUAUAUUGAGGCAAAUUAUUGGUGUAAUUGGCUCUUGAAUUAUAGUGUUUAUCAAACAUCCUGGGAGGAUUAUGCUGGUUUGCUCAAAGAUGGCCCAACUGCGCUUGCCGGUAAUAUAAAAAAUGAUACGUUCAGAACGUUCUCGACAGAUACAAAGUUUACUGGAAAUGUCAGAGAAGAUUUGUUGAUUAGAAUGUUAAAUACGUUUGUCAGGGUGAAUAAUGAAAACAAUUCUCAUGCUACUAUGGUUUGCAAUCAACUAAAUGUUUAUUGGAUAGAGAGUCUGACACACAUCAGAAUCGAGAAUACACUUCUUUCUAAAAUCCGUGAUGAACCUGAUGUCGCUAGAUAUCAAGGUAGUCAGAUAUACGAAUCCGAGAUUCAUCAUCAGAUUGGCCAAUUUUUUGUCUUGAGAAUGUUUAAAAUGAAGGACCCCAAUACAGAAGAAUCCACUGCUCAAUGGUAUAGACAUCCUGCAUAUCACUAUACCUUAUUUUAUUGUGUCCUUUGUUAUUAUUAUAUCAAUACCUCUUUGACAACUGCGAUUCCAGUCUGUAUAGAGAAGGGAGAAAGUGAUUUAAUGCAAAGACAACGCUGUCGAUGA